UGGUCACACCUUUUAUGCAAGAAAUAUCGUCAGACGUUCGCGGAAGACGAUGUACAUAGAUUAUAAUUCCGGAGACAUUUUACACGCCUACGUGAUUACUAAGUUUCGGGAGCAUAUUGUAGUUGAAGCCAAUAAUUCUAGUUAAAAAAAAAAACAGUGCACGUCUAUAUUAACUGAUAGAACUUAUAAAACUCCCACACACUGAACUUCAAACCACAAGAACAAUAACAAAAAAAAAAAACCAAUCGCGUUCCCACAAAUACAUAUACAACUGCGACACAUCAAAAGCCAUUUGCCACAAAAAAUAUGGCGAAGGCGAAUUAGUGCAAUCGUGCAAAACUCUCAAAUACAAGCAUAUAUAGUUUAAAUUAAGGUAUUGUGUACAGAGUGAAGAAGCCACAAAUCAAGGACCCCCAAUAGAAAGCGAUAGAGGAGGACAUUGCUGAAAGUCAACGAAACGACGCCACAAAGUGAAAGACCGCAACGAGUGGGAAAGGGAGAGGAAGACGAGAGCGAAAGCGUCGCGUCAAAAGUUGAGCGCAUGCUGUGUAGGGGGCGGCGCAGAAGACAAGUCAAGUGAAGUGCAGCAGCAACAAUAAUAAUAACAACAACAAAAUAACAAUAAUAAUAACAACAAUAACAAUAACGAGUAAUUAUAAGAACAACACCAAUACUAGCAUCGAGCAGCCAACAAAUCAUAAAUACAAAGAAAACGCGAGCGUGGGUAGUCGAUGCCAAUGCCGAAGAUGUUGAUAAAUUUGCCUUACCCUGCUGAUGCUGCUGUUUUAAUAACAGUAUAAUAUCAACUACCUCCAACAAAAUUAAUAAAAAUAAGUGCUCAAUAAAAGCAAGACGGUGUGUAAGAGAGCGAGACAGAAAACUGAAGAAUAGCAGCCUUUGCUAGCUUUAAAACAAGUUACAGCUAGACGAACGCCACCUACCGUCGACCGCACGCACAAUACGAUAGAGAGAAAGAGAGUCUGAGCAAAGGGACCCAAACGUUACAACAACACAAAAAAGAAGUAAAUAAAGAAAAAAUACGAACAACGUCAAAAGCAAAUAAUAUUAAAAACAAAGAGCACCGAGACACUCAGACGCUUGCAUUGUAUAGGUGCAUGUGCGUCUCCGUGUGCGUGUGUCCGUGCGUGUCCGUUACCGUGCCAGCGUUUAUGUGGAAGUAGUGGUGGUUAGUUGUGCUGCUAUCUGCUCCCCUUCUACUGCCAGCACACACACACACACACACGGCUACUCGGGCUCCGGUGGGAGGCGAAUCCGUGACUGACUGGCUGUCACGUUGCCUUGCCCGCCAAUAUGGCGUGCCUUAACACACUAAAGCAAGAAAUCAAAACACUGGAGAAAAUCUUUCCGAAGAACCACGACCGCUUUCAGAUACUCAAUUCCAGCGUGGAUGAACUUUUGUGCAGGUUCAUCGAUAAGAAUGGCAAGCGUUACGACAUACAUGCAAACAUAACGGAGACGUAUCCAUCAUCGCCGCCCGUUUGGUUUGCCGAGAGCGAGGAGACUAGUGUCACGAAUGCUGUACAAAUCCUUAGCAACACAAAUGGUCGCGAUAAUCAUGUGAUUAACCAGGUUGGCAUAUUGCUGCGCGAGCUAUGCCGCUUACACAAUGUUCCACUGCCACCCGAUAUUGAUAAUUUAGCGCUGCCGCUGCAAACGCCACCGCCCUCUGCCUCGCCAUUACGCUUGGAGCGUUCAGCAGGUGGUGGUGUUGGGGGUGGCGUUGGCGGUGGAGCGGGCCCGCAUGGCAACGAGGAGACUGAUUCGGAUCAGGACGAAAUCGAGGAUCCUAUCGGCGAGAGCGAGCAGGAAAGCGAGGGCGAUGAGGACCUGCCAUUGGAAAUGGAUGAUGUACGGAACACAAAUAAAAAAGAUGAUAUGGAAGUGGAACAUUUAGCGACUUUAGAAAGACUGCGUCAAAGUCAAAGACAAGACUAUUUAAAAGGUUCAGUUUCUGGUUCAGUACAGGCAACAGAUCGCCUGAUGAAAGAACUACGUGAUAUUUAUCGAUCCGAUGCGUUCAAGAAGAACAUGUACUCACUAGAGCUCGUCAACGAUUCGAUUUAUGAGUGGAAUAUACGCCUUAAGUCUGUUGACCCGGAUAGUCCAUUGCACAGCGAUCUGUUGCAGCUGAAAGAGAAGGAGGGCAAAGAUAGUAUAUUGCUCAACAUACUUUUCAAAGAGACGUAUCCAUUCGAGCCGCCCUUUGUUCGUGUCGUGCAUCCAAUCAUCUCAGGUGGCUAUGUGCUCAUUGGCGGCGCUAUUUGCAUGGAGCUGCUGACCAAACAAGGCUGGAGUUCCGCCUACACAGUCGAAGCCGUGAUCAUGCAAAUUGCCGCGACGCUGGUCAAGGGCAAGGCGCGCAUACAAUUUGGUGCUACAAAGGCGCUCACCCAGGGACAAUACAGUUUAGCAAGGGCUCAGCAGAGCUUCAAAUCUUUAGUGCAGAUACACGAGAAAAAUGGUUGGUUUACGCCGCCGAAGGAGGAUGGCUAAGAUUUGCUGUAACUUAGGUGUUUAUACAGGCUUAAGGAACGGACGUUUGCCAAAUGCCGCU